CGCCAUGGCCGCAGCGGGGCCGGCGCUGCCGGUGCGUGCGGACAGCGCCGCGACCCGCGCCUCCCUCCCCGGACCGGCCCCUCCUGCCCCGGCACAGCAGCCGGGACAGCCCGGGUUACCCCUCAGCGCCCCGCGUCGUCCCUCGGCUGAGCGCGGCUGAGGGGACGCGGGAUGCGCGGGCUCGGCGCCGCCUGAGGGGCGUGAGGGAGCCGGGCUCGGGCUGGGGGCACCGCGGGGUUUGGGGGCGCGGAGCUGUUUGAUUAACGUAAAUACUCGGGUUUGCCGUGGGCUCUGCUCUCCUCACAGGCUGCCUGCAGUUUGUGUCUCUCCUUAAGGCUUUUGAGAUCCCUGCCCCGUGAAAGCACCUGUGCCGUGUGUGAGGAAACAUCGUUCCUUAAGCGGAGAAUCUCAGUCCUGAAGUUUAUUGUCACUGCUGUGUGAGAGUCAGGAAGACCUUCAGAAACUUAAAAUGGAAAAAAACAAUUUGAAAGGAAAUGCAGAAGCCGUGGAUUUUUGUGACCUCAGAAAAGCACCUGAAAGGACUGAACUUGGGCUGAGAAAAUAUGCUGAGAAUUAUUUCAGUGUUGUAAAUGGCCAAGAGUUAACUCUUUCUUCAGCUGGUAAUAAAGAAGUAAAUCCCAAAGAGCCCCCUAAGUGGAAUCCUGCUCUUGGUGCCUGUCUGGUUCUGCCGCGCGUGGAGCCCGUGGCUGUGCAGGGCAGCAGCAUCCCAGCCCCACGAGCGUGCCAGGGCCCUCAGCAGCAGGUGGAAAUGGAUUUUAAAAUUAUGCUUGACCCAGAGAACGUGGAUAAUAAAGCUGGUUUAAAACAUCCCAACGAUGAGACCAGGCUGCCACUUAUAGCUAAGAAAAAAUCUGCUCCUGUGUGCAGUCAGAAGUCAGGGAAGGAUCCCACAGCCACCAGCCCUUGGGCUUUGCCUGCCUUUCACUCCCUGGGCUCUCCCUUCCCCCUGGUGGAGGAGGACACCCCAAAAGGUGCCCUGAGCCUCAGUGGCCGGAGGCUCAUCCUUCCAGCAGCACAGAGAGCUCUGCCAGCCCCUCCUGCUGUGCCCAGAGCAGCUCCUUUCCCCGAGUUCCCCAGGCAGCACAAGAAAUCAGCUCGGGGAGAGAUCAGUGGCAGGCUGGACCCUGAGAACACAGACACCAUCGCCUUCCCAAAGGCAAAGGAAGCCAUUUAUGGCACACAUUCCUCUAGUAAAGGGAACAUUGCACCACUCCCAUCCAGCAAUUCCAUGGUUUCAGCAAGGAAGUCAAAGCCAGAGUGGAGGUAUCCAGCUCAGCAGUUGGAAUCUGAGGUGCACAUUCCCCCUCAGACACAGCCCCCACAAACAGCUCAGCCCUUCCAGGAUCCCUGCUUGGAUUGGGACAGUGCUGUUCACCAGAAAGCUCCAGGUGUUCUGGCCCUCCAGCACCUCCAUCAAUCCUCUUGUGGGAGCAUUGUGGGGUUUUUGGAACCCACAGAGGAGCUCCUCAAAGACCCCUCUGUCCCCUCGGCCACCAUCAACAGCCAAAAGUUGGCACAAAUCACCUCAGACUUGGAUUGUAAAGAGAAUCCCAGCAAAAGUGACGUUUUGUCAGUGAUGAAGAAGCAGUCAGGUGUGGGAAGGACCCCACCCCGAGCUGGGCGUCCCUGCAGAGGCCGGGGGGCUGGGGCAGGGAGGCAGAGGGGGGCUCCCAGCCCCGUGCCAGGCUCAGGGCAGCAGCAGCAGUGGGCAGCAGGUGUGAUCAGCGCUUCCUGGCGCUCCUGGAGUCUCGUGGCACGGCUGAGGAGCGCCCUGAGGGGAGCACGCCGCAGACACCUGGAGAAUUUCCACAGCAGGGCCAAGCAUCUGGCAGCCAACUGGAAUCGCAUCAGGACCUCCAGGAGGACUAUUAUCCAUAUCCCAUCAUUAGGAUAUUCCCAGCACACCCGUGAGCACAUCCCUGACCUUGCUGUCCAGCAGAACCUGCAGAUGGGGAGGCUCUGUGACAUCCUGGAUGCCAACGUGGACGUCAUCUACAUCUGCCCCCUUGCUCUGAGUGAGGAGUUCCUGCAGUAUUACCAUAAACUCCUGGGUCUGCAGGCAGCUGUUAGAUCUGGGAAGCCCGAGGACAUGGCUGACCUGCAGGACAGGUUCAAAAUUCUCACCCCUGAAGCUAUAAACAGCUUCCCCGAGCAUCACAUGUGCCUGGCCACUGUGCUCAAGUACAGCCCCAGGACCUUGCAGAGGCUGCAGCUGCUGCUGCAGGGCAGGGAUGCCUACGUGGUCGGGGGUGUUCCCCACCUGGAUGAUCUGGCUGUGGCUGACCAGCUCCAGGUGCCACUUUUGGGCCCAGAGCCAGCAGUGGCUCAGCUCUACAGCACCAAGUCUGGCAGCAAGAGAAUCUUUGCCAGUGCUGGAGUGCCAACCCCUCCUGGAGAGUGGGACAUCCACAGCAGGGAGCAGCUGCUCCGUGCCCUCAGCCAGCUCGUCCUGGACAAUUUGGAGGUGCAGCGCUGGCUCUUCAAGGUGGACGAUGGGCGUGCAGGAGAUGGCACUGCCUUCUGUGAUGUCACUUCCCACCUGGAAUGCUACCCCUGGAUCCAGAGGGAACGGCAGGAACACGGCCCUGAGGUGUGGAGUGAGAGCCAGGCUCGUCAGAUUUCCUACCACUGCCUUCAACAUCUGCCAUGCUUUGUCUUAAUUUUGUCUUGCAACUGCCCAAGAAAACCUUUACAAAAUUCAUCUUGCAGAAGGGAGCUAGCUUUGGUGAAGAUCUCCCAGGAGCUGCCGGGCCUUUUAGCACAGCACGUACAGCCAGUCAAUGAGAAACGAUUCCCUACAUGGGAAAAAUUCCUCCAAACAUUUCUUACUCAAGGGGGGGUGAUCGAAGCCUUCCCGUCCUCGGGCAGCGUCACCAACCUGACGGUGGAUCUGCUGAUAGAGCCAACGGGGGAGCUGACACUGCUGUCAUCUGGAGACCAGCUCCACGCUGAGGGGCCCCUCAGAUCUUCUGGCACCACCAUCCCACAGCGUUCCGUGGAUCCUGAGCUUCUCAAGGCUCUCUGCCUGAAAAUUGGGGAGGCCUGUAAAUCCAAAGGAGUGCUCGGCUACUUCUCCGUGGACUUCGUGGCUUUCACCCAUCCCCAGACGAGGGAGCAGCAGGUGUGGGCAACAGACCUUGACCUUUGCUACAGUGACCAGCUGGCCCUGAGUCAGCUCCUGGUGUACCUGACAGAUGGAAAUCUGGAUUGUGGCUCCAGCAUCCUGCAAGCACCUCUGGGAGCACAGGAAAGCAAAAGCCAAGGGGUUCAGCACGAGGGGACAAAACCUCCUGCCCCCAGCAGCCCCUGGUGUGCCGUGGCCAGCAGCCAGCUGAGGCACUGCAGCCUCUCAGGGAUCUCCUACAACCUCUUCCUCCACACCUGCAAAGCUCGUGGGAUUGGCUUUGACCUCCAGGCGAAACAGGGAACAGUUUUUGUGUUGUAUGAAGACCAGAAGCGACACAGCCUGGGAAUGAUAACAAUCGGAGAGGAUCUCCAGGGGGUCCUCCUGACCUUUGCUCGCAAUCUCUUCAUCAUCCAUCAAGAAAUAUCAGCACCUAAUAUGCAAGGCGAGACCAAUUUUAAGAUGGCAAUUCGAGAUAUUGAAGCAAUUCUAGGAGUUACAGCAGAAAACAAACUGAGAUUGGAAGAAGAGCAACCUUGGGAAGCAGAUGCUCUGAAAGAAUAGUUAACAGAAAAUGUUCAAGUGCCUCAUUCCUUAUGCUUCUGGAAAUGCUUCCUCAUCUGUAAGAACAGGUUUGCUUUUCCUUCUGAGCUGUGUGUGAAGUGACAUUAACUGAGACAGAAAAUCUCUGUGGUUCCUGCCUGUGCCAUUGGGAACACCCCACCUUUCUUGUUGGAAAGGAUCAUCCUAAUGCUCCUCAUGUCCCUGUUGUCACUCCUGGAGUUCAGCAUGUGGGUUAAAAAUCUUAUUAAAGGGGUAGUGCUGCCUUUGUCACUGACUCUGAGCAGGAGCAGAUCCACUGACAGCAGCUCUGAGAGCCCAAAUUCCCCUUCCAACAGGCUGAAAUAGCACUGAAAGGAAAGGAGUCCAGGGUUAGACCUGCUGAGAGUCCAGAGGCCACCAGGGUGAGCAGAGGAUGGAGCAGCUCUGCUGGGAGGGAAGGGGUUGGACUCGAUGAUCUUGGAGGUCUCUUCCAGCCCAACCAUUCUGGAAAGGCUGGGAGAGCUGGGAUUGUUCACCUGGACAGGAGAAGCUUUGGGGUGAGCUCGUUCUGGCCCUGAAGAGGCCACAGGAAGGAUGGAGAGAGACCACUCAGAAGGAACUGGGCUGCCAGGACAAGGGGGAAUGGCUUCAAACUGGAGGAGAUUGGGGUUGGCUGAGAUAUUGGGAAGGAGUGCUUCCCUGUGAGGGGGGCAGGCCCUGGCACAGGUGCCCAGAGCAGCUCUGGCUGCCCCUGGAUCCCUGGCAGUGUCCAAGACCAGGCUGGACAGGGCUGGGAGCAGCCUGGGAUAGGGGAAGGUGUCCCUGCCAAGGCAGGGGUGGGAUGGGAUGAGAUUUAAGGUCCCUUCCAACCCAAACUAUCCCGUGGUUCUUUUGCCUAUAAAUGCUUUAAUUUAAACCCCACUUCAUCAGCAAUCCCAGCAAGCCAUGUUCCUCUGCAGAGCCAUCUCUAUUGUUAGGCUGCUUUUUCUAUUCUCUAAAGACUUUUGCAGCAGUUCUUUCAUGGUCAUUUUCAAAUUAUCAAAAAGAACAGUUAUAGCACUAAUUCAUCAAUAGAAUUCUCCUUGCACUGUGAUUCCCAGAAUUCCAUGACUCUUGCAGGUUUGCCCAUCUGUAUUCUGGACAAUGGUGACCCUUUUGGUCACAACUGCUGUGCACUGCUGGUAAAGGACCACAUUAUAUUUGUAAAAUUAUCUUUAUCAAUCAGAUCUUUAAUAUCCCAACAGACAACACAUUUUACUAUGGAAGAGCAGAUCUCACUACAUGGGGACUGUUAUCCUAGGAAUGGCAAGUAUCCUUGGCAUUACCUCCCAAAAAGCUCAGGCAAAACCAGUUUUAACACAAAUACUAAACAAGACCAAGCAGUUGCACAAGAUCAGCACCCAGUUUUUCUGACAGCAAAUCUUUGAUCCCUCAGCAUGAGACAUUAUUUUCUGUGGAGUUUUUUCCCCUUCUAUUUUGAUCACAGAAUGAAUUCAUUGCAGACAAAAACAUUUGCAUAAAUGCUGGUUACUGCUUCAAAUAAAAAUCCACAGGAGUA